AUGGGAUUGGACGAUUUAAGACUAUGUACCGUGUGUGCAGCCAACAACAACAGAUCCAUGGAGGCUCAUAAACAGCUUCUAGAAGCUGGCUUUUCGCCCAGAUCGUUUGGAACAGGAUCUUCCGUCAAACUUCCUGGGCCAUCGGCUGACAAACCCAAUGUUUACCCAUUUGGAACGCCCUAUGAGGAUAUAUAUCAGGAUUUGAUAUCGCUGGAGCAUCGGAAAAUGUAUGAGGCCCAGGGCUUGAUCUCGAUGCUUCUACGGAACAAAAAAGUCAAGAAAGCGCCUGAGAAAUGGCACAACAAUGCAGGCGCUGGUAAAUUCGAUUUGGUGAUCACUUGUGAAGAGAGAUGCUUUGACUCUGUGCUUGAGGAUUUAUUGCAGAGAAUGAAUAACAAGUCUGAGGAGGCAGAGCUGCUAGACGUUAGACAAGCCGUGCAUAUCAUCAACGUAGACAUCAAAGAUGACAAUGAAAAUGCGAAGAUUGGAGGCAAGGGUAUUGUCAAAUUGGUUCGUCUGAUCCACGACUAUUCGAAGAGGAAACAGGAGGCCGGCGAGGCGCUAAUAGACGAGGAUGGAUAUCCAAUUAUUCUCGAGGACGAAAUGAUGAAGAUCUUGACCGAAUGGCAGAAGGAGCACACACAUUUGCCUACCCUCUACAGUGUGUCUUAUUACUAA